AUGAAAUCAGUAGCCAAUAGAGCAUUGGAGCAAUCGUUGAAUUUCCUUCAACACAUUGUACGUCUCACCCUUCACAACAACACAUUCUUUGACCAGAUUCAGCUGGAACCAACCAGUCAAAAUUCAUCGACCACCGAUGCCGUUCAGAUUCUCCUCAAUCAUUUCAACCAAUCUUCACACGCACACUCCAAUCUCACACUCCACAACAGCAGCAGCAGCAGCGGUGGCCUUAACAGCAACAACAACAACAACAGUUCAAUCAUGAUUUUCGAUUCAAUUAAAGAAGAGGAUUGCUCUUCCAUCAGUAGUUCCGUUCCACAGAGUGGAUUUUCUCCGCACAGCUCACCGGUAUCACGCUCACCGGCAUUCACCAAUGGAUUCAUGUAUAAUAGUAACAGUAGCAACAGUUUGUCCAGUCUCAACGGAACUGGCACCACCAAGAAGAAACUAGAGACACCAGCACCAAAAACACCGGUUCACAAGAAUCUCUUGAAUUUCUCAAAGGAAUUCUCGUCGGAAGAUGAAGACAGCGAUUCCGACACCGCAUCAACAACCUCGAGUUCACUCUAUUCCAACUCGAUUCCGAAGCGUCUUUCGAUAUCACCACGUUCCAGUCUGAGUUUGAGUGGAUCGAUUGAGUUGUCUGCUUCGACCAUGGCAAUGAAUCAGUCAUCAUCGCUCGCCUCUUUGGCAGCUGCCAAUUCUCGAGAGCAACUCAUGAUGCGACCACGUCGUGGAAGCACACAGGAAUCACCAUUGUCCAUCUCGGUGAACCUCUUUGAAUCGCUAGUCGAGGAUCUCGAUUACUCAAAAACAAGAAAAGAAGAACUACUCAACCAAACAACAGAGGAUAAAUGGCAAUUCCUUCAAAGACUUAAACCAGAUUGUACAACAACUUUAAUAAGUAAUGGUAUUUUCAAUAAUAAUAAUCAAUUAAGUAGUUCAUCAUCGGAUUUGAAAUCAAUAUUAUCAUCACCACCAAAGUUGAAUGGAUCAACCAAUUCAAUGUCAUCACCUAAAGCACCACCUUCAGCCAACAUUGGUAAAUCAUUCCCAAGAAGUCCAAGAUCAAUUACACCACUUGGACCAAGUAACAAUGCUAGAGUAACGUCACAUUCACUUUUCACAAUUGAGGAUAUCAGUAAACUAAGAUUGGCACUCACAGAGAAGCCUGUCAAUUGGGUUAUCAACUUUGCAGAGAGUUCAGGUAUCAAUGCAAUUUUAAAUAUGAUUUCGAUAUUCUCAAAGAAAGAAAGUAAAAUUGAAGAUGAUCAUUUAGUUAUCAAUGAAUGUUUAUCAUGUAUAAAAUUAUUAUCUGAAUUGGAAUUACAUUCUAUUUUAUUGACAGAUACAACAGAUACGAUUGUUCCUUUGAUGGUAACACCUAGUCUUUCAGUAAAGAGAGCGACAUUUGAAGUUUUAGAUAGUCUGUGCAAGGUAUUUCCAGUGGGUAGCUCCGUUGUAAUGGAAUCACUGCGAACAUUCGCAAGAAACACAGAGGUUACAUUGCAACAAACUUUUAAAUAUAUAAUAGCACCGUUGGCAGGUGAAUUUGCUGCUGAUCUCAAAGUAAAUUGCAUGUCGUUAAUAAACCAUUUGAUUCGUGGUUGUAAGGAUGUUGCACUGCGUGAAGACGUUCGUACGAAAUUCUUGGACUGCGAGAUACUCAAGAUCAUAAAAUCACUGAGAAUCGAUGGUGAGGGUAUUGAAACGUCGUCUUGGAAAAGGCUGGAAGUUGAAAUGUCGACUUUUGAAACCCUGAUUAUCGAGGACGAGAUUCAACUGUCUCCACGUUGCAUAGAGUACGAUUCCGGUGGUGAAGAGACAGGUUCCGUUGUUGGUAGCGAUCCCAAACUCCCGGUUUUAAUUUCUUGUUCACCCGAGGAGGGAAGCAGCACUCUCAGAGAAGUAUUGGUUCCAAUUACCAAGAAAUCACAGGCUGCCGACGUCAUUCGUACGAUUACCAGUUCGAACUCCAAUCUUAAGGAGCUUGGCGAGUGGGGAUUGUACGUGCGCGAAACCGACAAACCAUCGGAAUCCGGAAGAUUCUUGCGCGACGAGGAGUAUCUAACCGACCAGCAAUACGACGGUGCCAGUGACAAGUUCCGUGAGUACUCACUCAAGAUGGUGCCGUGGAAGGUUCGCGUCAACUUGGAGCGAAUCAAAGAGAUGGGUGUAUCUGCGAAAUGUCCAGCAAAUUUCAUCGUUGAAGAACCGAUGGAUCCAACACUCACUUGCGCCAGACUGGUCGACCACCUUGUCACUUCUUACCUUCCUCAAAUCGGUCAAUACGCUCUGGAGUCCGAUGAUUUCGGAUUGUAUUUAGAUUCGUUUGGAUUUGGAACUGGAACAACUGGUUAUUGGUUGGAGCCACUCGAAAAGUUGCAUGUGAACAGCGAGAUUUUCAAAGAUCCAAAGUGCACUGUCGCUCUGCGUCUUCGUUUGAAGUUGGUCAAGUUGAAGUUUGCAGAUGACAGUUUCGAGCAGUUGAGACUGGAUUUGAUGUUGCAAACCGAGAAGAUCUUCAAGGAGAUUUCAGAGAAGGUUGUCGAUCCUGAGAACAGUGUCAAUGUCGACCACUACAGCAUUUUUGUCGAUCGUCAAGACCAGAGUAGUGGCGCACCCACCGACAAGAAGAAUAUCGAGUGGAUCGAACCUGGACGUCCACUUUACCACUAUCGUAUUAGCAACCGUGUGUGUCUGAGAUUUGCAGUUCGUCCGUCACCCAUCACCCUGAUGAUCGAUGCAUCACUCUUCAACAGUCCGGAGACGGCGGACGGUGAAUCAACAUCGUCGAACAAUCCCGAUGAGAACGAGUUGGAAUCAAAGGCUGCCACUGUUGGCGAUGUUGCAAGCUUGAUGAUGUCAGUGCCACAACCUAUCAAGACAAAGACUAUACAAGUUCAAAUCCCAUUGCAUCUGCCUCUACAAGAGUCACUCGAUACCGAGCUCAAUUGGCUGGAAUGCAAGAUCGAUCAAGCAAAGUGUCGAUUCCAUAUCGAUUCAUUCGAUGGACCGAUUAUCAAUCAACAUCAACCGCUGCUCACUCAAUACUUUACUAAAUCCAACAAGCUAUUUGUCGAGCUUGCCGACGAAGCUGACUUGGUAGUACCUCAGUACGUCAAACACAAUGCAACCAACAUCUGGGAGGAAGUAAACGAUAGAACUACUAUAUUCUUUGACGUCGAUCCAGUCACUUUCAAGUUGUCCAACGUCAUUCGUGGUGCAACUCUAAACAAACUUGUCGAGGUGUCAACCAACAACAUAGAUGUCGAUCGUGUCACAAUGAACAUUCUCCUGAUGACCUACACUUCUUUCACCACCUCUGAUACUCUACUCGACAAAUUGAUAGAGAGAUACAACGUGCCAGAGAGACUGGCCGAUACCAAAAACGUAGUGCAAUUGCAUGUGAUAGUAUUCAUCAAGAAUUGGUUAGAACAACAGUCACCACAAGCUGCAUCCGGUGGUGGACUGGAAGAGCGUUUCCUCGAGAGAAUCAACCAGUUUAUUGAACGAAUGAAAGAAGAUGGUUACUCAAAUAUGGUGCCGCAACUCAAACGUCUCAUUGACAUGGCAAUCAAAGAGAAGCGUGCCUACGCCAUGCCAGAAGUGCCACGUCUCACAACAGUGAUUCGCGCGCCUUCCAUCUCUACUGCGUUCUUGGAAGACGAGUUGUUUGUCGCGCAGCAACUUACACUCCGUGAAUUUGAAACAUUUAGACGUAUUCAACCGGUGGAGUUUCUCAAUCAGGCAUGGAACAAACCGAAGCUACAGUACAAGGCAUGCAAUCUCCUAAAGAUGAUCGAUCGAUUCAAUCGUGUAUCACUUGCAAUCUCCACCAGUAUCCUAGCACAAAUCAAGUUAAAGUCACGUGUUAAACUGAUUUGUCGUUACAUCAAGAUAGCAUUGCAUCUCAGAGAGCUCAACAAUUUCCAUCUACUCACCGCUUUCCUUGCGGGUAUUCGCAACUCCUCCGUUCUCAGAUUGCGUGUUUCCUGGAGUAAAGUACCAAAGAAGUAUAAACAAUCUCUGGAGGACUUGGAGAAACUCAUGUCCAUGGAAGGAUCAUUCAAAACCUUUAGAAGUUUAAUUAAAGAUCUUGUACCACCAUGUAUACCUUAUUUAGGUGUAUAUUUAAAGGAUUUAACAUUUAUUGAAGAUGGUAAUAAUGAUAGUAUGGAUGGAUUGAUCAAUUGGGGAAAGAAGAAAUUGGUUUACAACAUCAUUUCGAUCAUUCAGAGUUGUCAGUAUAUUCCAUACGAUUUCGGACCACCCUCAUCAAAAGCGGAACAAGUACUAGCAUCAUUCGAUUCAUUACCUGUCGCCAACGAUGAAGUACUCUAUCAAAUGUCUCAACAACUUGAACCGAAAAUUUAA